GCAGGACACCAGGGGCAGGUUAUAAGAGUAAAAUGGGUGUGAUCCGAGGCGUGUGAAGGGAGAAAAUGGCAGGAAUGUGGGUACACACAGGGGGUGAGAAGCCCCACUAAUACUAUCAACGUCAGUUCGUAAUGGCCACGCGAAGAUGUACUCGGGUAGAGCAAGACGUGCUGGGAGAUCCUUGAGAAGACGUCAUGAUAACGAAGAUGAUAAUAUCGUGUUGGACUCAGGACGGGGUGUGUCAGGGGUCAUCCGAGAGAUUUUGGGAGUCGUAUGUAGAGAAGAUGGCAUUUCCAAAGGCCGCUGUCUUGGUUACCUCAAUGCUGCAGUCAGAGCAAUAUCUAAAAUUACAGCGUUGAACCACUCCAAAAAAUCACCAUUCACAGAUGAAGAAAAAAAUAUGUUUGAUGAGAUAGUGUCAAUGAAGAAUGAUACUUCCUCACCAAGUACGAAGGUUAAUUUUGGCGAAGACAUAAUCACUGGGGAACUACUUUUGUGCCU